AUGGUGGCUGAUUCGUCCUCGUCUCCGUCCAUUCCAUUCUGGGGGUCCUCCAUGGCAACCGCAAUGAAAUCUUCAAUUCAAAAUUCUAGCAGUACUGGCGGUGGUGCUUCAACCGAUCGUGUUUUGGGAGCAGCAGCUUCCUUGGGUCUUUGCCUUGCCAUUUUGCGAGUCGUGGGAUUCUCGUAUACUGCUUCCAGACAUUUGGAAAAUGGAGAAUCCAAAGACAAGCCUAGCAGUCCAAGCAAGAGCUCAAGUGCGACGAUUAGUCACUUUCUCCUCAGUUAUGUGAGACACUUUCUCAAGAAGAUGUUACUCGAAGAUGAUGUCGAUUCGUUUGAUGACAAUUUUGAUGAUAAUCUGCACCCAAACCGAUCUUCCUCAAUCACACAUGCCGGAAGUUGUCACUGCGGUUGCGUGGUAUUUGAGGUCGUUGCUCCUCGUCGUCUACAAGCACGAGAUGGUGUUGGAAAGAUUCAAUACCGUCACACCAAGGCAAAGACUUCUGAUUUCCAAGUCUUCAAAGGUCAAAAGUAUCUCAAAACGUAUUACAUACGGUCAGAUAGCUCUUAUGAUCGUGAUCGAGGAGCGCACGCCUUCUGCCAGCAAUGUGGAGUUCACAUUCUUUACGCACCAUGGAAGAAUUCACCUCACAUUUUCAUCAAUGUCAACUGUCUCGGUCAAGGUGUUCGCAAGGUGAAAUCAAGGGAAGAAAUUGACUCCAUUAUCGAUGCUGUUCCGGCGGACAUGGAUAACCAGUCCACAGUAUCCACAGUCUCGGGAGAUUCAAGGUGGAAUCUGUUUUUGCAACAUCACGAUUCCAGUAAUUCUACCCUACAUGAUGAUGUGUCCAUCUCGGACUAUUCUUAUACUCGCAAACCCCACCAAGUUUCGAUUUCUCAAAGUCUUACCGCUCAAACCGAAAUGUCUAGUGCAUCUUCGAUGACGCGGAUAGGAAGCGACGAUUCGACAGUACGGUCCUACAAGUCCGCCAAGACCACUGGCUCCAUCUCCCUCCAGCCAUUGCACGUACCUAUCAGUACCCAACAUGUCAGUCCAGCCGAACAGAACCUGUCACCGGCAAUGAGAGAUCAAAUGAAAAAGUACAUGAGUAGGCAUCUGGGUGGUGAGAAGAAGACUGGUGGGGACCGAGCUAAGACUAUUCAAACCAUGAAGAAGCAAACGAUUCAUUCCGUUUCAAGGGCCGCAGUCGGAGAACACAACAAGUAUAUUUAG